ACUGAGCAAAGCGCCGCGGCCGGAGUUCUUGGCUCUCGGGGGCAAGUUCGCCGCCUCGGGGGCGAAAGAAAGGGCGGCGAGCGACGGAGGGAGAGAAGGGGCGGCGGGUCCGCGCUGGUAGCCGGGAGGCUGUUCGUGAAACAGGCCCGCGCGCAGCUGCCGCGGAAAGGCCGGGGAGCGAGUCAGGUGGCGCCCGUCGAGCGCCUUCGCCUCCGCGCCCGAGAACGAUGCCGUAGCCCGGCCUUUGCGGCCACUCGCCCGCGAGAGCCCAGCGUCGUUUGCCGCAGGACCUUCCAGCCAUGAAGCGCGUCCCGCCUUUGCCGUGGCUGCUGCUGUUCCUAGGGAGCUUCCCGGCUGCGGAUUCUCAAGCAGUCUGUGCAGGUACUCUCAACGGGCUCAGCGUGACCGGCGAUGCGCCGCAGCGGUACCAGACACUGCAUAAAAUGUACAACAACUGCGAAAUUGUGAUGGGCAACCUUGAAAUUGUACUCAUUGAACAAAAUCAGGACCUUUCCUUUUUGCAGACUAUCCGAGAAGUGACUGGCUAUGUUUUGAUUGCCAUGAAUGUCUUCACAUACCUGCCGCUGGAGAAUCUGCGCAUGGUGCGAGGGACCCAGUACUACGAAGACAAGUACGCGCUGUUCAUCCUCCUCAACUAUGAGAAAAAUGUCACGCAUGCUCUGUACCAAGUGGGUUUCAACCAGCUCACAGAAAUCCUUUCUGGGGGUGUCUACAUUGGGAGGAACAAGCAGCUGUGCCACGUGGACACAAUCAAUUGGGGGGACAUCAUCCGAGACUCAGAUUUUGAGCCAGUGGUCAUAGACAACGGAGACAAGUGUCCUCCUUGCCAUGAGAGCUGCAACGGGCACUGCUGGGGCCCCGGUCCUGAUAACUGUCAAAAAUUGACCAAGAGCAUCUGCGCCCCUCAGUGCAACGGACGUUGCUUCGGCCCCAAUCCCAACGAGUGCUGCCAUGACGAAUGCGCAGGAGGCUGCACGGGGCCCCGAAAGACGCAGUGCUUUGCUUGCCGGCACUUUAAUGACAGCGGGGCCUGUGAAACUCUCUGCCCCCUUCCACUGAUCUACAACAAGCUCACGUUCCAGUUGGAGCCCAACCCUGACACUAAAUACCAGUAUGGCGGCAUCUGUGUCAAAAACUGCCCACAUAAUUUUGUGGUGGAUCAAAGCUCCUGUGUCCGAACUUGCCCUAACGACAAAAUGGAAGUGGAAAAAAAUGACCUGAGGAUAUGCGAGCCUUGUGUGGGACUCUGUCCAAAAGCCUGUGAAGGAACCGGAAUCGGAAGCAAGUUUCAGACAGUAGAUUCCAGCAACAUUGACCGCUUCGUCAACUGCACCAAAAUCCUGGGCAACUUGGACUUCCUUAUCACCGGCCUGGAAGGAGACCCCUGGCAUAAUAUCUCUGCCCUGGACCCAGAAAAACUCAACAUCUUCCGGACCGUGCGAGAGAUCACAGGCUACCUGAACAUCCAGUCGUGGCCCAAACACAUGAACGAUUUCAGUGUCUUCUCGAAUCUGGUCACUAUCGGUGGCCGGAGCCUCUAUAACCGUGGUUUUUCACUGCUAAUCAUGAAGAACACGAACGUGACCUCAUUGCGCUUCCGCUCGCUUCGAAAGAUCAGCGCUGGCAAGGUCUACAUCACCGAGAACCGGCAGCUUUGCUAUUACCACACAAUCAAUUGGGAUGUGCUCUCACGCCGGCGCUCAGACCUUGAUAUCAGGAAGAACAAGGACCAGAACAGAUGCAUACAAGAAGGAAAAGUCUGUGAUCCUCUUUGCUCCAGCGAUGGCUGCUGGGGACCUGGCCCAGACCAAUGCGUCUCCUGCCGCAACUACAGCCGCGAAGGGACAUGCGUCGACUCGUGCAGCUUCUAUGAGGGGGAGGUUCGAGAAUUUGCGCAAGAUGGCGCGUGUUUCCCAUGCCAUCCGCAGUGCCAGAGGAUCGAUGGCGACCUAACCUGCAAUGGAUCGGGAGCGGAUGCUUGCAUACAAUGUGCCGGCUAUAAGGAUGGACCACACUGCGUGGAAAGCUGCCCCGAUGGUAUCCUAGGGGAGAAAGGACUCAUCUUCAAGUUCUCAGAUGCCAACAAGGAGUGCUGGCCGUGCCAUGAGAAUUGCACACAAGGGUGUGAUGGUCCACAUCUUGAAGACUGCUUUGUGGAGCAUCUGCCCGUUGCCAGGAAAGCCCCGACGGUGAUUGCUGUGGUGGUCGUGGGUUGCCUCUUCAUCUUCUGCUCCUGCGUUUUGCUCACCUUCCUCUACUGCCGGGGCAAGAAGAUUCAGAAGAAGCGAGCCAUGCGCAGAUACUUGGAGCGAGGGGAGAGUCUGGAGCCCCUAGAUCCCAGUGAGAAAGCCAACAAAGUCCUAGCCCGAAUCUUCAAGGAGACAGAGCUGAAGAAACUGAAAGUUCUGGGAUCUGGAGUGUUUGGAACUGUGCACAAAGGUGUCUGGAUCCCAGAUGGAGAUUCCAUCAAGAUCCCUGUCAGCAUCAAAGUUAUCCAGGAUCCAAGCGGUCGGCAGACGUUCCAUGCGGUCACUGAGCACAUGUUGGCAAUAGGCAGCCUGGAUCAUGCUUACAUUGUCCGGCUCCUGGGCUUCUGUACGGGGACCCAGCUACAGUUGGUGACCCAGCUUCUACCACUGGGAUCACUGCUGGAGUACAUCCGCAAAAACAAGGAUGCUAUUGGUCCCCAGCUGAUGCUCAACUGGGGUGUACAGAUUGCCAAGGGCAUGUACUACCUGGAGGAGCACCGCAUGGUCCAUCGCAACCUUGCUGCCCGCAAUGUUUUGGUAAAAUCCCCCAGCCAGGUGCAGGUGGCAGAUUUUGGCAUUGCUGACCUGCUCUAUCCAGACGACAAGAAAUACUUCUACAAUGAGAUUAAGACACCAAUAAAGUGGAUGGCUCUGGAGAGCAUACAUUUUGGAAAAUAUACACACCAAAGUGACGUGUGGAGUUACGGGGUGACGUUGUGGGAGAUGAUGACCUUUGGAGGCGAACCCUACGCAGGUAUCCAUCUUUCAGAAGUGCCCGACCUUCUGGAGAAAGGGGAGCGCCUCUCACAGCCCCAGAUCUGCACCAUCGACGUCUACAUGGUGAUGGUGAAAUGCUGGAUGAUUGACGAGAACAUCCGCCCCACCUUCAAAGAGCUCGCCAAUGAGUUCACACGCAUGGCGCGCGAUCCCCCUCGCUACCUCGUGAUUAAGAGAGAGAGCGGGACGCUUCCCCCAGUGGAACCACCAGCGCUCACCGAGAAGGAGUUGGAUGAGAUGGAGACACUAGAAAUGGAGACGGAGUUGGAGGAGGAAGAACUUAAUAACCUCUUUUCCUCGAGGCAGUGGACGGACACCGCACGGAGCCCGACUCUCUUGAACCCGUCAUCUGGAUACAUCCCCAUGAACCAGAGCAGCCUCACGGGAAGUCGUCAGAGCACUGGAUUAGGCUCCCGGCAGACAUUGCGCAUAAGGCAGGAGUCCAUGGGCCGCACGGUGUCGGAGUCAUCGGAGGGACGGGGCACAGCCUCCGAGUAUGAUCUCACUGAGGACAUGUCAUUGUCCGGGAGCCUGUGCCACAGCUACCGGUCCCGGGGAGACAGUGCCUACCUCUCUCAGCGGGAGAGCCUUUUGCUUCCAGUUGGAAGUGCUGACGGGGAAGAAGACGCCAAUGGCUAUGUCAUGCCGGAUCGAAACGGGAGAGAGCGUGCUGCUGGCGUUGCUGCCUCCCUGCUCCGUGGCUCCCUUCCUGUGCCACAAGUGGACAAAGAGUAUGAGUACAUGAACCGGCGUGCUCCACGGAACCCGCAGCCCCGGCCAGCCUCUUUGGAGGAGCUUGGCUACGAGUACAUGGACCUGGGCUCCGAGCUGAGCGCAUCGCUCGGCAGUGUGCCCAGCUCCCAGUUAACCACGCCCUGCCGAGAUGAAGAGGAUGAGGAAGAAGACUACGAGUACAUGAACAAACAGCCCAAGCUCAGCAAGUCUCUGAGCAGCAUCCGUAGCUCCCGUGGAGACUAUACCGAUAUGGACUCUGGCAUCACACAGGGCUCCCCAGAUGAGCAGGGUUACGAAGAAAUGGAUGCUGUCUUGCCCCCUGUCCAGUGUCCCGGCUGCCAGAGCCCCCCCUGUCCCCAAAAUGGCUUCAUGAAGCCCCUGCGCAGACUGGAAGCCUCGGACUGCGCUUUCGACAACCCCGAUUACUGGCACAGUCGGUUGUUCAGCAAGGUCGAUGCCCAGAGGACAUAGCUGGGGAGGUUUUGUCUGUCCCUUUGCGGAGGGAAAAAACAAACUCUGAUCUUUUAGCCACAAACAUCCUAACUGUAAUUGUGGACUGAAAGGGGGAACUUCCGUGAAGCUCCUGUAAUGUGGGCCGCGAUGGGCAGGCACGUCAAGAGCACCAUGAUGGGGGUCUUCCAGGGUUGCAAUGCAGCCCCCCCCCUGGUCUUGCACUGCAGUUUGUCCUAUUGCACAUCUGGUCUCUUCAGUUCAAGUGCCCAGAACUCAGAGGGCAACACGGGAGCACAUGGGAAGAUAUUGUCUACUUUUCGAACAGGGGACCUUACGUUGUCGGAGACUUGCAGCCCAAUGGAGAACAUGUUUUUUUUCCCCCAGGAAGCAGCUGAAAGUUGAGCCUAAACUGACUCUACUGUGCCCUGCCCAGAACCCUCGGCCACGGCCAGAGGGUCUUGGGGUGUCUGCAACAGCCCUUGUAAAGACAACCCUCUGCCUUUCAAUAGAUGUGGGGUCUUGCAUGAGCCGAGCAUGCUGAGCCUUGCAAGGGGGUGGACAAGACUGAAGAGGAAGCCUUUUCUAGAGAUGCAGUGAGGUCCUCGCCCGCCAAUACCCCAUUCUGACAACAUCUGUAAUGAGGGAGGAAAGGACUUUUCGUCAGGGUGGAUAUGAAGGAUAAUGGUGCUUUUUUACCCCCCGACAGCUUGACAACCUCACUUAGGGAGAUAACGUGUUGCCCUGAGAUGACUUGUGGGUUUUCAAUCCUACCUCUCUGUACGGCAUUUUGGUUUUUUAAAAAACAAACAAAACAGAACUCCAGACUCGUGAGUUCUGCCUCUAGCUCGGUCGCUGAGUUUUCUUAUAUUUUGGUGUGCCUUCAGCAAACCUUGUGCUGCCUGACCGAUUCCAGAUCUGGACGGGAGCCCUUAAGAAGGUGGAAGUAGCAAAGAACAAAGUCAAAAAUUGCUGGAGACUUGAACGGGGUAGACUUCUGUCUCACUGCAACUCGAUGCUUCUUACUAUAGGCAACCUGCAGGGCCAGCCCAAACAAAUAUAUAUCCUUCUAAGUCUGUUGAAAUCAAGGGGCUUAGAGGGGCGGUAACUCUGCUUAUGAUGGCACUGCUAUACAGAAAGACUCUGUAGUAAUCUCAGGCAUCCCAAAGGAAAGGACAGCAGAGAGACAAUGCCAAGUCUCCUGGUGAAUCAAGUCACUAAUUCAGUCCUGCAAAGAAAGAGUUGGGGACCAGGUAGCGUGGCCUUUUUUAAAUGCAGCAAUCCCCCGUAUUCCCUCCCUCGGUGAAAUAUGUGAAUCUUUUCCGUAGGGGAACCAACAGAAGAGGUUUUCCAUUAGACCCCACUAUGAUAUGUGAACAUUGCAGGAGUGAUAAUCUUUACUGCUGCAAUUAAAUUGGGAGCUGAAAUUGCUGUUUCAAAAGGGUGCAAAGUCGCACCGUGGGCUUUUAACUUGAAUCAGGCUCAUUUGCACGAGCGUAUGAUUUGGAAACAAAUUUCUCUCUUUCGCCUCCCCAGCCCACCUCGAAGGCCAGUAGUAUUAACUAUUAACUCGUUUCUGUUCCCACAAAUUUUGGAUUGCGUCGUAUACAGAGAGGAACAAAAAUAAAAUCUCACCAGAAAGAGACGAAGUUUGUUCUUUUGCUGCACCGUCCUGUUUUUGAGUCCUGUAAGAAUUGUCCCUCUAGUUUGGGGGCAAAAAUAAUCCACAUUGUUCUCUCUGUAUUGUUUUCCAGCCUUUGUUUUCAGCUGCAAACAUGUGACUGAAUUUUAAAUGGAAGGGUUUUUUUUAAAAAAAAAAAGUUAAUGCAUCUUUUGUUUCGGCUGUUCGUGUAUAUAACAGGCGAAUGGAUUGUUCAGCCCAAAGCAAGAUAUGUAUGAAAUAUAACGGUAUUUCCCUCCUUUCUCUCUCUAACAGGAAUCGGAUGGCACUUUAAAGACUACCGAGUAUAAGCUUCCAUGGGUCAGAGCUCACUUCAUCAGAUGCGUCUAUUAGGGAGAUGUAUUUAUACCAUACUUAAAGCUAAAAGUGGUAGAAAGGUGAGAGAGGGAGGAUAUUACAAGGAGAGAGAGACAAGUCUCAAACGAGAUCCACAGUGAUUCCGCACACGUUGGAUAAUACACUUCCAAUCCUCUUUAUAGACCAUUUGGAACAGAUUUUUUGUGUGUGCGGAACAAAAAAUACACCUCAAACGAUUGAUAAAGUGCAUUGAAAGUGCUUUAUCCAAUGUGUGCGGAAUCACUCCCAGUUAAAAGAAUUAUCAGUUUGCUUUAGGAAAAGACUGUUCCCAGCAAAGUAGAGAGCUCUGACUCACAAAAUCAUAUGCUGGAAUAAACACUGUGUUAGUCUUUAAAGUCUGUUUAGAUAUAUAAACCCACUUUUCUCCCUAACGGGGACACAAAGUGACCUACAGCAUUAUUCUCCUUUCCUCAGUCUUACUGUCACAACAACAACAACCCUGUGAGGUGGGUAAGGCUGAGAUUGUCUAGCUCAAAGUCAUCCAGUGAACUUCUAUGGCAGGGUGGGUAUUCGAGCCAGGGUCUUCCCAGAUGUUGGUCUAACACUCUAACCACUACACCGCACUGGCUUGCCACUGGACGCCUAUUUAAUUUUGCAGCAACAGACUAUCACAGCUAUCAACAGCCCAUUCAAUAACAUUUUCAUGGUAUCGCCCUUAGCAGAAAGGACUACAAACAUUCUUAAAAGCCGAGAUAGGGUUCAAACCGUGCAAUACUAUGUGGAGUGGCUUCAUUCUAAGCCCAUUGAUUUUAAUGGGUUUACACUGCAAUCCUAUACAGAGUUACUCCAUUCAAAGUCCAUUGAACUCAAUGAGCUUGGACUUGAGUAACUAUGCACAGCAUUGCACUUUAAAGGAACUAUUGGAUUUAGCUGUACAAGUUAUUAGGUUCUGUGUUUAUAAUAUAUUCUAGGUAAAAGGUAAAGGUAGUCCCCUGAGCAAGCACCGAGUCAUUACUGACCCAUGGGGGGACGUCGCAUCAUGACGUUUUCUUGGCAGACUUUUUACAGACUUUUGCCAUUGCCUUCCCCAGUCAUCUACACUUUACCCCCAGGAAACUGGAUACUCAUUUUACCAACCUUGGAAGGCUGGAAGGCUGAGAGCCAAGCUACAAGUGACGAAUUACACUUGCCUGGCAAGUGAACAGACUCAUGUGUAUUCCUCCCUGUUCACUUGCCAUUCACUUGCUCUCCACUUGAUCAAGUGGAGCUUGUAGCUUGGCUCUCAGUCAACCUUGAGCCGGCUACCUGAAUCCAGCUUCCACCAGGAUCGAACUCAGGUCGUGAGCAGAGUUUGGGCUGCAGUGCUGCCGCUUGCCACUCUGCACCACGGGGCUCUUCAUAUAUACUCUAGCCACAGAAUAUUGCCUCUCUCCUUUCAUACUGUGGGGAAUUGGCACCCUUCGUGCAUCAGAAUUCCACAGGGUGUGGUGAAAUCUGAGAGGUGAAGACCAGCCAGAUUUACCUGGAUCCUUUGAACAGGGUUGAGCAGUCUUUCAGCUGUAGAGGCUGUGGCUGAUGUAAGAGGUGCUAUUCUGCUGCCCCCUGCAGGAAAAAAACCUUCAAGCCAAUAACCAAAGGUAAAUUUUACUGGAACAAACUCCUCCAGGAAGAGAAAGAUAAAACAGCUGGUUAUUUUUUGGCACACAGGAAGCCAAACACGGUUAAAUUUUUUGGCGCACAGGAAGCCAACCACGGUUAAAUUUUUUGGCACACAGGAAGCCAACCACGGUUAAAGUGCUGCAACAUUUGAUAUUGUGCUAAGUGAACUUGAGGUGGAAAACUUGCAAGUUCUGAAACCAAAGUCAUGUUAGAAUUAAGAUCUAGAAUUAAGAUCCCAAGAUCUCCUCCUCCAGCACUUGCCAAGAACAUCGCAGGUUCCAUAAAACAGAACCUAAAUAUAUCAAAAAGCAAAGUUUAGUUCUAUAGUGAGACAUGCUCCAUUACAGUGCUUGCGCAAAAUGCCUUAUAAAAAUGCUUUGGAAUACCGGGGACACAUUCUAGAGAAUGAUUGCCGCAACAAAACCUUGCAGAUUUCACUGGGGCUUGAUGUUACCUGGUUUCAAAACAGUGCAAUCCACUAUUUUGCUCUAGAAUAGUCCUGUAGGGUUUGCCAGCAGCCCAGAAAAACAACAACAACCGGUCUCUCUUCUAGGAAAGAGGUUUGAGCCAAAAUCCGAGGAGGCGGAAGCAGUGAAAAAUUAGAACAAAAAGAAAUUAUAUGGGUUUCUGUUGAUAAGGUUACGGAAUGCUGCUUUUCUGAAUCCCCUUUUCCAGAUUUUACCCUGAUUACUCUUGCUGCUGUCAUGUGUUUAGAUUUGCUUUGGUGGAAGUGGUUUAAGGAUGUUAAUUAAGAAACAUCAGGACUGAAUCAAUUAAAUCUGGGUACAGCUAAUAAUUGUCACGUGUUACGUGUAUUAAUGAACAAAAAGCAAGGAAACAACCUCAACUGACCAGUUUAGCUCUGGAUUUUUGUAUUUGUAUGGUAAAUGUGUCACAUUGAAUAUGUCCCCCCCUCCCCAAACUGGAUGUAUAUAUUUCUUUAUAAAUAUCAAAUUGUUUUUUUCCCCCUUUGCCAUGCUUUGAAACUGGUGAAAUGAAGGCUUUUUAUCUUUUAAAAAAAUCAGGACUGGAAGGAAUCCAAACGUUUACACAUUUUUAAAUUGCCUUGUACGAUACCCUAGUUAUGGUGUAACAUAGAAAAAUAGUUGUGUUUAAAAUACAAAGAUGAGAUGCUUCUCCUGCCAUUAGCGAAGACAACGCCUAUUCCAGGACAUAAGUGAAUUAGAAGGAUGGUGAUGGGCUUUGUAAGGAGAUGUACAGGGAUGAAUCCAUUCAAUGCUGUUUUUUGGGAUUCAAAUCAAAUUGAAGCAGAAUCUAGCAGUCAGUAAAUUCUCAUGGAAAGGACAUAAUGACCCAGACUUAGGUUUGCCAGUCUUAUCUCACACCCCCAGUGGCGGAGCAAUUUGGUCUUGUGCAAAACCGGAAGUGAUGUCAGCACACAGCAGUGCGGCUGUAGGAUUCACCCUGGGGCAUUUCUCCAACGUGAUGAUGUCUUGAAAGUGAUGUUUGCAUUUCUCCAGCAAGCAAUGGGAGACCUGGCCUUCCAAGUCCGGUUCCUGUAACUUUUAGCAGCAGUUUAACACACAUAUGUUGAGUACAUGGAGACAAAAUGAUGGGAAAUCAUUAUGUUGUUAAAGGCACAGGAACAGUCAGGAUACCCCCAAAAAACCGCAAAUGGGCCGUUUCCACACAGCUUACCUUGUUCCGGAAAACAGUGCAAUCUCGCUCGAAAUUUCACGAAAAGGCGCUGUUAUCGCGGCAGCUUGUGCAAUUUCGCGCAAUAACAGCGUCUUCUCGUGCGAUUUCACGCGAGAUUUCGCUGUUUUCCAGAACAAGGUAAGCCGUGUGGAAACGGCCAUGGACUACUCUUAAGUUUUGCUUAAAUUUCAUUGGAAAGUCCUAUGAUAAAAUAAACUGGAACGAGAUCAAUUUAUGCAUAGACUCACCUCUGCUGCUAAAACAGUUGGGAAGCUUUCAAGUCACUCAGAACCUUUCAUCAGAACAAAUAAAAAUAGCCACUGGUUCGCUAAUACACAAGUGGAGCUAACCACAUGUCAAACAUCUUGUUAUUUCAAAUGUAACCUUGUUUGGUAGCAUUGCUUUGGGAAAGCUCAAUGUAAUUGCCUGGCAUGGAAUUCUGAUGGUGGUUGCCAAAUUGUGACUGUAAUGUACAUUAUCUUCUAGUGUUUGGAAAGAGGGACAUCUCAGCCCAAACAGAAGCUUUCUUCAAAGGCCCUAGCUACUAGAGUUGCCAACUCUGGGAUGGAAAAUUCUUGGUGAUUUGGAGGUAGAACCUAGGAAAGGUGGGUUGGGGGCCUCAGCAUGUUAUAAUGCCAUACAGUCCACCCGCCAAAGCAGCCAUUUUCUCCCAAGGAACCAAUUACUGUCUUUCUGGAGAUCAGUUGCAAUACUUGGAGAUCUCCAGACUGUACCUGAAAGUUGGCAACCCAACUAGCUACACUACAACGUGUGUGUUUGUUUGUUUGUUUGUUAGAGGGUCACUAACAAAGCUUGUCUAAUAGAAAUUUCUACUUUCUCUUGCACAGACUUUCUCUGGGGGGGAAAAGGAAGGACUGUAAAACCAGAUUUGAGUUUGUAUUGUGGGUAUGUUGUUGAUUUCUUCAUCUCAGUAUGCAAGUCAAUGAGGUUCUUUCUCAUAACAUGACCACACAAGCAUGUUUUUGAGGGGAAAAGUGGAAUUAGAUCUGUUCCGUGCAGGAGAGGCACUGGCUGUGAACUACUUUCUAAAUUAGGAUAAUCCCGUUUUUUACUGACAAGGGCCUUUCCUGUUGUUGAAGGCCUCAAAAAGUAUGUGUGUUUUGAAUACAAAAUAAAAAGCGACAUUGAUAAAGCUCA